GUCCCGGCGCAUCACACAACCUCGCGACCGUCACAGCGUUCGAUCGCCCUCCGCUCACAACUGUCGUGUAAAGACAAGCACGCGAUUCAUCUACAUUAUACACGACGUCAUAACAUUUUAAUAUUGUCGUGUACACGUGACGUUAAUAAUUAUCACACGCACACACAUUUCCGAUUGGUCUUAAUAGUCGUAUAAUAUCAACGUCUGCCGUUCAGUAGACGCGUAUAGGACCAUUAUAUCGUACGUUGUAUCACAUCAAACCAUCGUCAUGUAUGGUCGCCGCGACUUCGCGGUCCUGAUGACCGCUCUUAUGCUGUUGACGUUGUCCGAAACUCGGAGCCAACCGACUUCCGACGCCCCAGUAUCGCCGGAAACAGCAGCGUUUGACAAGUCUGCUGCUGAUAUCAACUCCGACAACUCUUCCACAGCCGCCGCAUUUUUCAGAUCCUACAAUGAAUCAGCCGAGAGCAUGAAAAAAGCCAUGUGGAAGAGAUGCGUGUCCAAGAACUACGUGACGUGUGCAAAGCUGGCACUGGUGCAUCUGGUGGACCGUCUGGAGCGAGCCAACGACAGCUACUCGCUGGUGCCCGGCGUGACGGUGUCCAGCGAAAAGUUCCACGAUCGGGCAGAUAACAACGACAACGACGGUGGAGACGUAGCCGCACAAAAAAUCACAGACCGUGACUCCUCUGAGGCAUUUGACCGGUUACUUGUCGACAAGUUGGGUCGAUACUUCGGUACCCUUACGCUUAACGUCAAACUGUUAGACGACGCAACCGUUCAGUCGGUCCGGAAGUUGGGAGAAGCUGCAGCCGAUGCGACCAUUCAAUCAGGCAGGGGCAAGAAGCAAAAGUACGCGCAGUCCAUCCUGCUGGCCGGAUGGGUGACCGGGGCCAUGCUGCUGGCGCUCGGCAUGAAGGCGAUCGCCGUGCUCGCGGGCAAGGCGCUGAUGACAGCGCUGAUGUCGCUGCUCUUGUCCGGGCUCGCGUCGUUCCGCGGUGGCCACUCCGAGCCCAAGAGCACCACGUACGAGAUCGUCACCAAACCGGUGUACUCGCACUCGCACUCGACGGCCGACGACACGCACGCCGCCGGCACUCAGAACAACCCGGCUUACAGGCGGUCCAUCGGUAGUGGAGCCGCGGGUGGCGGGGGCGGCGGCGUCGUGGGACUGCAACACGUGCCGGCCCUGUCGUCGGCCGAGGACGCCGACCACAUCGUGUACCGGAUCCACACUUCCGACAAGACGCCCAUUUACAUACCCAUCAUCGACCGCCGCCGACGCCGCCGCCGUCGCUGAUCGCUUUUUUGUGCCCGCCAGCCGAAUCGCGUUUAACUCGUUUGUGUGUGUGUGUGUGUGUGCAUUUGUUAUCGUUUUAUUCCAUUCGUCGGUGGCGAUUUUUAAUUUAUUUAUAUUAACGUACCUAUAUCUCGUGUUUACGUUAUUAUUAUUAUCAUCAUC